AUGUAUAGCCAAGCAGUAUUGGGAAACCAUAUACAUGUGCUCGAGUAUUUAAAGCGAGAGAAUAAAGAUUCACAUAUAUUCGAGUACAUUCAUAUCCUGGAUAUAGCUGCUGACAUGGGACAUUUCGAAACACUAAAAUGGUUGGAUUCAAAUCAAAUCGGUAAGGCAUCCUAUCAUGCAAUUGACUAUGCAGCAUCCAGAGGAUUCUUUGAAAUUGUUGAAUAUCUCCAUUUCAAUCGUACCGAAGGUUGCUCUGUCGUUGCUAUGAAUGGCGCAUCAGAGAAUGGACAUCUCCAAUUGGUUCAGUUCCUUCAUACCAAUCGCUCUGAAGGUUGUACAAAAAAGGCUAUAAACCGAGCAUCUCUAAACGGACAUCUCGACUGUGUUGUUUGGUUAAGUAAUAAUAGAAGUGAAGGUUGUAGUCACAAAGCAAUUGACUACGCCUCGGAAUCAGGUCAUUUAAAAAUCGUCAAGUGGUUAUAUAAGAAUAGGACUGAACAAUCCACAGUUUAUGCAAUGAACUCUGCCGCAAAGAAUGGCCAUCUUAGUGUCAUUCAAUGGCUGCAUGAGAAUACUAGUUCCCAAUGUACCACCGAGGCUAUGGAUGGUGCUUCUCUAAGUGGACAUCUCGACUGCAUUAUUUGGUUACAUAAUAAUAGAAGUGAAGGAUGUACAGAAAAUUCAUUGAGUUGUGCAUCCUUUUUUGUUCACAAACAUGUUGUAAAGUGGUUAAUUCAGAAUAGAACCGAAGGAAAUCUUAGAACUGCUUUGUCCAAUGCCAAAAGUAAAGGACAUCAAGAAAUUAUCGAUCUUUUACAAUCACAAACAAAAUCACAACCAUCCAACUAUAACAUAAUUACUUUUCUAUUUAAAUUAAUCAAUGAUAUCUAUUCAUUUGUUAUAAUGAGAUUACUUAAUUGA